AUGGACAGAACAAACUCUCCGGAGUGGUCUGAGCUGACCUCACGGGAGGAAGAGGAAACGGCAAACGUGAAGAUCUUCUGUCUGCAUCUUAUUCCUAAGGGCCACCUGGCACAGCUCAGGCGGGCAAUGGACGUUUUCGUCAAGCUGAUGGAACUGGACAAAAUCGACCAGGAGAAUCUCGAUUUUCUCAAAGAGAUCUUAGAAGGAAUCGGCCGACAGGACCUGAUUCAAAAUGUUCUUCAGCGGUUCCAGCCGCCUGACCGAGAGAUUCCGGAAAAUCCAGGCCUGCAGCCGGAAAAUCCCGACCUGCAGCCGGAAAAUCCCGACCUGCAGCCGGAAAAUCCCGACCUGCAGCCGGAAAAUCCCGACUUGCAGCCGGAAAAUCCCGACCUGCAGCCGGAAAAUCCCGGCCUGCAGCCGGAAAAUCCCGACCUUCAGCCGCAAAACUCCGACCUUCAGCCGCAAAACCCUGAACUGCAGCCGGGAGACCCCGAAAUUCAAUCAGGGCAAAGCAAUGCAGAAAGAGCAAAUGAAGAAGGUGAGUGUUACUCCACAUAA